AUGGAGCAGGCUACAUCUGAGACGCCCGAGUUUCCUGAGCUGCCUACACUUAAUGCGCUGGAGCUGUCGACACCUGCGGUACUGGAACGUGCUGCACCUGGUACGCCAGAGCUGCCGAGACUUGAGGCGAUGAAGCAGGCUACACCUAAAGCGCUGGAGGUGCCUACACCUGAGGCGAUCGAGCUACCUACACCUGAUGCGAUGCAGCAGGUCACACCUGCUGCACCGGAGCUGCCUGCACUUGCUGCGCUGGAGCAGGCUGCACCUGAGGCGCUGGAACGUACUGCACCUGGUACGCCAGAGCUGCCGAGACUUGAGGCGAUGGAACGUACUGCAUCUGGUACGCCAGAGCUGCCGAGACUUGAGGCGAUGGAGCUGCCCAUACCUGAGGCGCCAGAGCAGGCAAGACUUGAGGCGAUGGAGCAGUCUACACCUAAAGUGUCUGCUGCGCUGGAGCUGCCUACAUUUGUGGCGCUGGAACUUGCUACACCUGGUCGUUUGGACCAUCUUCGCCAAGACCCAUCGGUCAAGUGUGUGGGCCUCACUGGCACGCUUUGUCCCAAAGAUGAGCGGGCUCUGCUCCAACAGCUGGAUUGCAAGGAGGACGCUUCGUACCAGACCUUUCGUAUGCCAACUAUGCGAACCGAUCUUCGGCUAGGGGUGCAACAAGGAUCAACAAAGUCAUUUGAGAAGUUUGUGGAACACCACUACGACAUGUUGGAGCGAGAGGGCCGCGUGGAUCGCAUGCUGAUUUUUUGUGACACGAAGAAGCAGGUUGAGGCAUUGUCGACUCAGUUGGCACGCACGUUGGGUCACAAGCAGUCGCUGGCCGUGGAUGCUGACAUGUCAGCCGAAGACACACGAGCGGCUCUUGAGCAGUGGAGGAGCGGCACGCAGAGUCUGGUCUUGGUGGCCACAAGCUGCUUGGGCGCGGGCUUGGACAUGCCCAACGUUCGGAAGGUGAUCUGGUUUGGUAGCGGCUACAACGGCUAUACCUUGUCGCAGGCCUUUGGCCGGGCUGGCCGCGACCGACGGGGUGGCGAGGCCACGCUAUGGAUUCCACGAGGCACAGCGGUUUCGGAAGACCUGCGGCCAUUUGCAAGCAUGAAGCGCUGCCUGACCUUUGAGCUUGGUUGGCUGCUGGAUGGUGAGGGCCACAUUUGUGCAGCCGCAGGAGCGCCGGCUUGUAAUGUGUGCUCCAUGAUGCAACCGACCAUCACAGCGCGCCAUCCAAGCCGUGAAGCACAUGGGGCGCCAGUAUCACACGAGGGCCAGACGCGGGCCAAACGAGCACAGUUGAUGGUACCAUCGGCGCCCAUUCAGUCAGACGACUUUAACACGGCUCUGCUAUGGAUGUGCACCUACUGCUGGGCCUGCAGCUGCAGCAGAGACCGCUUGGUUGCUCACCACCAGCCUUCUAGCUGCCCGGCCAUGAAAGGGCGCUGUUUUCGAUGCCACUGCCGCGGUCAUGGUAGUAGUAAUUGCCAAGUGACCUUGAGGGCGGGUGUUUGCUACCGGUGUUGGAGGCCGCAGAAGAUUGGAGGUGAGCAAGUGGUGGAGUGCACGGGGCGGGCCUGUGGCCAGCGCAACCGCGAGACCAUCCGGGCCUUGGUCGCGUCUGUGUCACGCAGUCAAACUUUGCACGGCAUCAUGCAGCGCAUGGAGUGCCCGGCCGAGCUGCUGGCAAUUGGAGGGCGGGACUUUGACCCGUCGGAGAUGCAGGCGCUUGUGGGCUGGCUGUACGGAGCAGAGGGGCGCGUUGGCCAUCCGCGCGUGUUGAAGUUUGUGAUUGAGGCGAAACGGCAGUUUGCAAUGUUGAAGUGA